AAGAAUAUAUUUUUGCUCAAAAACUCAUCCAAAAUAUAGAAAUAGAAAAAUUAAUUUUUAGGUCAAAUUUGAUUCGUGGAAUAAAAUGAUUAUCAUUCAGGCUGAGUGUUGCUUUCAAGUAAUAAUGGUGCUUUCAAGUAACAAUGGCAUACGAGUACGUCUCAGCUUAUCUUACAUCUUGCAAAGUAUGUGUUUAUUUCCAUUGCUUCUGUUUCCUCCGGUCAUAUUAUUCUCCAAGCAUAACAUUAAGCUUGCAUGAAAACGGUAUAUGAAACAAGGUUGAUGAAAUGUCCAAAAAUGCACCACGUCUUUGUGAAGUUUACGAGGACAUUGCAGUUUGCAAGAGACAAUAUAGCCGUCUCUCCGGCCUCGAUGUUGUUUACAAUCACAUCCCGAAUCAGCAUUAGAACUCUAUAAAACCGUUCUCUCUUCUGACAUCCAUCAUACAAACAUUUUGCACUUCACCUUCAAGUUUUACCAAUGGCCUCUACUGCCAACAAGCAUGAGUUCUUCAUCGCAUUAUUCCUGGCUCUGUCCGUCUUCCAGAUGACAAGCGCGGGCGACCCGGACGUCACAGGCGACUUUGUCGUCCCGCUGAACGUCACAGCAGUGGACGGGAACUUCUUCACCUUCACCGGAAUGAGAGCUGUUAUGUCGAUGGAUCUUCCCAUGGCUUUCAAAGUGACGAAAGCAAGCGCGGCGGAAUUCCCGGCUCUUAUCGGCCAGAGUGUCUCGAUGGCAGUUCUCGAGUUCUCAGCCGGCUCAGUCAACCCGCCACACACGCAUCCGCGUGCUUCCGAGCUCCUCUUCCUCCUGUACGGGUCACUUGAGGUCGGAGUCGUCGACACGACCAACAAGCUCUUCACACAGACGCUCCAAUCCGGCGACAUGUUCGUAUUUCCCAAAGGACUGGUUCACUACCAGUAUAAUGCUAAUGAGACAGACAUCGCUAUAGCUAUAUCCGCAUUUGGUAGCGCGAGCGCUGGACUCGUCUCGCUUCCUGCGAGUGUAUUCACCACUGGCAUCGACAGCGGGAUCUUGGCCAAGUCAUUCAAGACGAACGUCUCCACCAUUGAAGCUCUCAAGCUUGGGCUUACACCACCCAAGGCCUAAGCGAGGAGCAGAAAAUAACAAUCAAGUCGAUUCAUUGUCUUCUGAUUGAAUGUUUCAUUUGGUCAGAAUAAACUGACUUUUUUGUUGUUCA